CGCUAACUAUAUUGAGACCGAAGAAGCGAAGCGAGCGGGGGAUCUUCCCCCUCUACUCCUCUAUUCCAUAUUUUGUUGAGUUCCAUUGUUGGGUUUCUUUGCUUCUUGUUUUCCGGCCAAACAACCAAGGAAAAAAAACCCUCGGUUACUUUACUUGAGCAGAAGUGCUGCUGAUAGUCCGGUGUCCGAGUUGUCUCUUUUACUCUUACACAACGAUUGCUAGAAGCACAUGAGCCGCUACGACAGCCGGUCCGGCGACCCGGGUUUGUACCGUGACCGGAAAAGUGAUUCCGGUUUUGGAAGUGGUGGAGGUGGCGGCGGAGCUGCGAGUUAUGGAAGCGGUGGCCGUUCGUCAUUGUCAGGCAACAGGGAAUACGAUAGUGGUGGGCCGCCCAGGAAGCAGGGCCUCGAUGGGUUAACCCAUUUCGAGAAGAAUUUCUAUAUUGAGUCUGCGUCUGUGGCGGCGAUGACCGAGAGUGAAGUUGAGGAGUACCGCCAACGGAGACAGAUUACGGUUGAGGGCCGAGACGUUCCCAAGCCGGUCCAGGACUUUCGCGACGUAGGGUUUCCAGAUUAUGUCAUGCAAGAAGUUCUGAAGGCUGGCUUUGUUGAACCUACUCCUAUUCAAUCUCAAGGGUGGCCCAUGGCUUUAAAGGGCCGUGAUCUCAUUGGUAUUGCUGAAACAGGAUCUGGAAAGACGCUUGCCUAUCUACUGCCUGCUAUUGUCCACGUUAAUGCACAAUCAUUUCUAGCUCCUGGAGAUGGUCCUAUUGUCUUAGUUUUAGCCCCAACACGUGAGCUUGCUGUCCAAAUACAACAAGAAGCCACCAAGUUUGGGGCAUCAUCUAGGAUUAAGAAUACCUGUAUAUAUGGUGGGGUUCCAAAAGGACCUCAAGUUCGUGAUCUUCAGAAAGGUGUUGAAGUCGUAAUUGCUACACCUGGAAGGCUCAUUGAUAUGUUAGAAUCCCAUCAUACAAACUUGCGAAGGGUCACCUACCUUGUUCUGGAUGAGGCAGAUAGAAUGCUAGACAUGGGUUUUGAGCCUCAGAUUAGAAAGAUUGUCUCUCAGAUUCGCCCAGAUCGUCAAACUUUGUAUUGGAGUGCUACUUGGCCCAAGGAGGUUGAACAGCUCGCCAGGUCGUUUCUUUACAAUCCAUACAAGGUAGUCAUUGGUUCUCAAGAUCUGACAGCAAACCGUGCAAUACGCCAGAUUGUGGAGAUCGUUUCGGAGAAUCAGAAAUAUAACAAAUUGGUGAAGCUGCUGGAGGAUAUCAUGGAUGGCAGCCGAAUUCUUAUAUUCAUGGAUACCAAGAAAGGAUGUGACCAGACCACAAGGCAGCUUCGGAUGGAUGGUUGGCCUGCUCUGUCAAUUCAUGGAGAUAAGAGUCAGGCAGAGAGGGAUUGGGUCCUCUCAGAGUUCAAGGCUGGCAAGAGUCCGAUUAUGACUGCAACAGAUGUUGCAGCACGUGGUUUGGAUGUGAAAGACGUAAAAUAUGUGAUAAAUUAUGAUUUUCCGGGAUCUUUGGAGGAUUAUGUCCACCGCAUUGGCCGAACAGGUAGGGCUGGGGCCAAAGGAACAGCAUAUACUUUCUUUACAGCUGCAAAUGCCAGAUUCGCCAAGGAACUUAUUACCAUCCUUGAAGAAGCUGGACAAAAAGUCAGUCCAGAACUGGCUGCAAUGGGACGUGGUGCACCUCCUCCAGGUAAUGGGGGCUUUCGUGAUCGCGGGAGGGGUUUUGGUGGUGGUCCGCGGCCUUGGGGCUAAUAGGUCAAGAGGAAAUGAGUAGCUAUGGACAUCAAAUAGGCUGAUGGUCUGGUUGCUUCAUUACCUCGGGCUUGUAUUUUUGGUUUUACAUUUACUAAUUGAUGGCGGAUUCCUCAAGGCAUGUAAUAGCAUCUUCUUGAUGUCUCACUUGCAUAACGCCAUAACCAAGUUGACUUCAACUGCUGGAGGGUUGAGGUCGGAGCUUAAAUGUCAUGCCGGAGCUUAUAUUGCAGAUUUUAAGAUAGGAGUACACCAUCACUUUUUAGACUGAAGGAAACAGUAGAGCAGGAUAAUUUAAUUAUUUAUUGAUUUAUUCCACUGUAAGAGUAGGAUUGAAUUAAUUGGUAAAUUUGAAUGUUGAAUUGUCGUGCCAAGGAUAAAUUUAUCCCUGGUUUAAAUACCAUUUUCCGGGUGUGACGCUUAUUUACAUGGUAUGUAUGAAGACAACUGAAAGGUUAAAAUUAGCCCAAAACCCAUUAUCAGCA